UCAAGUGAGACUCACGAGGAACUGCCCUUUCGACUUUUUCUCCUAGCACGGGUUCUUCAGAGCUCCAGGCACUCUGUCACAUGGGAGUUGUAGUCUGCCAUGUACUGUCGACUAUGGGCCGGACACGUAAGAAGACUACCAUUCCCAGCAGGAAUUGCGACUAGCCGGUCAACAAACGUUCAGGCCACGCCUUCUAAGCCUGCUCAUUGGAGAGUCUGUCACUUAGCCCCGCCUUCUUGCAUUUCAUUGGCUACUGUCCCUUACAGAGGCUGGGUUCCGGCCUAGAGUGCAAGACGACUGGGUACUGUAUUCGUCAUUCUGCUCUAAGACGGACUACGAUUGGUCAACGCUGGUGUCCAUCACUUGUUGUAGGGCAGGACCCUAGGCUGAUCAGGCGGUCGUAGGCUCAGGUGGACACAAGAUGAAACCAAUGAAGAAGGCGUGUGCCGGCCUCCCAGGUUCUGGCGGCGGUGGUAGGUCCCCACCAGCCACCAGGGCCAAGGCCCUGAGGCGGCGAGGGGCUGGGGAGGGGGACAAGCCAGAGGAGGAAGACGAUGAGGCGCAGCAGCAGCAGCCGGGGCCAGAAGAGGCUGAGGAGGGUGAGGAGGAGGAGGCUGAGCAGGGCCCUGGGGCUGAAGGGCUGCCCCCAGAGCUGCACCCCGACGACCCGGCCCCAGGCCCAGCCGAGGAACCCAAAGUGGAGGGGGAGGCAGGCCGCUGGGAGCCCUCCCUCAGCCGAAAGACGGCCACGUUCAAGUCACGAGCGCCCAAGAAGAAGUAUGUGGAGGAGCAUGGGGCUGGCAGUGGCGGCAGUGGGGUGGCUGGUGCCCCUGAAGAGCGGGCACGGACCCCCGAGGAGGCGGGAGCCCUGGGGGGGCCUCCACGGCCACCCACCUCCACCCGCUCCUCCUCCACCGACACAGCCAGCGAGCACUCAGCCGACCUGGAAGAUGAGCCAGCCGAAGCUUGUGGUUUAGGCCCCUGGCCCCCUGGCAGCACCAGUGGUGGCUAUGACUUGCGGCAGCUGCGGUCCCAGCGAGUGCUGGCUCGGCGUGGGGACGGGCUCUUCCUGCCGGCUGUGGUGCGCCAGGUGCGCCGAAGCCAGGACCUGGGUGUGCAGUUCCCUGGGGACCGGGCCCUGACUUUCUACGAAGGGGCACCUGGUGGUGGCGUGGAUGUGGUUUUGGAUGCCACACCACCGCCAGGCGCGCUGGUGGUGGGCACAGCGGUCUGUACCUGUGUAGAGCCCGGUGUGGCCGCCUACCGUGAGGGUGUGGUGGUAGAGGUGGCCACCAAGCCAGCUGCCUACAAGGUCCGCUUCAGUCCAGGCCCAAGCUCCCAGCUGGGCCCAGCAGCCACCCUACCGCAGCCACCGCAGCCAGCACACCGAGACCCCGAGGAGGCGGUGUGGGUGGCCCGCUCCAGCCUGCGCCUGCUGCGGCCCCCCUGGGAGCCCGAAGCCCUGCUGAGGAAGCCCCCAGCGGGCCCUGAGGAGGAGCAGGUCGAGCCGGGGGCCUCCCUUCCCCACUGCCCUGCUGCCCUGGACCCCAAGCAGCCUGAGGAUGCUGAGGUCUCCAAGAUCAGCUUUGGUGGCACCCUGGGGGCUUGUGAGGAGGGCGAGGAGAAGCACCCGCCAGCCCUGGGCACCCCGGCCCUGCUCCCACUGCCCCCGCCCCAGCUCCUGUCACCGCCACCCAAGUCCCCAGCCUUCGCAGGCCCAGGCCGCCCUGGCGAGCAGCCCUCACCCUGCCAGGAGGGGAGCCAGGGUGGCAGCCGGAGCAGCAGCGUGGCCUCUCUGGAGAAGGGGGCUGCGCCAGCUGCCCGGGCCCGCACGCCGCUGACAGCAGCCCAGCAGAAAUACAAGAAGGGCGACGUGGUGUGCACACCCAAUGGAAUUCGAAAGAAAUUCAACGGCAAGCAGUGGCGACGGCUGUGCUCGAGAGAUGGCUGCAUGAAGGAGUCGCAGCGGCGGGGCUACUGCUCCCGCCACCUGUCCAUGCGAACCAAGGAGAUGGAGGGCCUGGCGGACAGUGGCCCAGGUGGGGCUGGGCGGCCGGCUGGCGUGGCGGCCCGUGAGGGCAGCACCGAGUUCGACUGGGGUGAUGAGACGUCUCGGGACAGUGAGGCCAGCAGCGUGGCAGCCCGCGGAGACUCACGUCCACGCCUAGUGGCCCCUGCUGACCUGUCACGCUUUGAGUUCGAUGAGUGUGAAGCAGCUGUGAUGCUGGUGUCACUGGGCAGCUCUCGCUCCGGCACACCCUCCUUCUCCCCCGUCUCUACGCAGUCACCUUUCUCACCAGCCCCGUCACCCUCACCCUCACCGCUCUUCGGCUUCCGCCCUGCCAACUUCAGCCCCAUCAAUGCCUCGCCGGUCAUCCAACGCACUGCCGUUCGCAGUCGCCACCUGAGUGCCAGCACCCCUAAGGCAGGCGUGCUGACACCACCCGACCUGGGCCCCCACCCACCGCCACCUGCCCCCCGAGAGCGCCAUUCCUCUGGCAUCCUACCCACCUUCCAGACCAACCUGACCUUUACUGUGCCCAUCAGCCCUGGGCGACGGAAGACAGAGCUGCUGCCGCACCCAGGGGCAUUGGGGGCCCCUGGUGCAGCAGGGGGAGGAACCGCCCCAGACUUCCCCAAGAGCGACAGCUUAGACUCUGGUGUGGAUUCAGUGUCCCACACACCUACACCCUCCACGCCGGCUGGCUUCCGUGCUGUGUCGCCCGCCGUGCCCUUCUCCCGCUCCCGCCAGCCCUCGCCGUUGCUGCUGUUGCCCCCACCUGCCGGCCUGACCUCGGAUCCUGGGCCCUCCGUGCGCAGGGUGCCCGCUGUGCAGCGGGACUCACCCGUCAUUGUCCGCAACCCCGACGUGCCGCUGCCCUCCAAAUUCCCUGGGGAGGUGGGCACUGGCAGUGAGGCACGGGCCGGGGGACCUGGGCGGGGCUGCCGAGAGACCCCAGUGCCCCCCGGGGUGGCCAGUGGGAAGCCUGGCCUGCCCCCACCUCUGCCGGCCCCUGUGCCCAUCACUGUGCCUCCAGCCGCGCCGACUGCUGUGGCCCAGCCGAUGCCCACCUUUGGCCUGGCUUCCUCGCCCUUCCAGCCAGUGGCCUUCCACCCCUCACCCGCUGCCCUGUUGCCCGUCCUGGUGCCCAGCAGCUACACCAGCCAUCCUGCCCCCAAAAAAGAAGUCAUCAUGGGCCGGCCUGGGACAGUGUGGACGAACGUGGAACCUCGCUCUGUGGCCGUGUUCCCCUGGCACUCCUUAGUCCCCUUCCUGGCGCCCAGCCAGCCUGACCCCUCUGUGCAGCCAAGUGAGGCCCAACAACCUGCCAGCCACCAAGUGGCCUCCAGCCAGAGUAAAGAACCUGCUGAGUCGGCAGCUGUUGCUCACGAGCAGCCACCAGGCGGGACAGGGAAUGCUGACCCUGGGCGGCCCCCUGGAGCCACAUGCCCUGAGAGCCCAGGGCCCGGACCCCCCCACACUUUGGGGGUGGUGGAACCUGGAAAGGGCCCCCCUCCCAGCACGGAGGAGGAGGCCCCUGGUCCUCCAGGAGAGCCCCGGCUGGACAGUGAGACAGAGAGUGACCACGACGAUGCCUUCCUCUCCAUCAUGUCUCCUGAGAUCCAGUUGCCCCUGCCGCCCGGGAAACGCCGGACCCAGUCCCUCAGUGCCCUGCCAAAGGAACGAGACUCAUCUUCAGAGAAGGAUGGACGCAGCCCCAACAAGAGAGAGAAGGACCAUAUCCGGCGGCCCAUGAAUGCCUUCAUGAUCUUUAGCAAGCGGCACCGGGCCCUGGUCCACCAGCGUCACCCCAACCAGGACAACCGGACCGUCAGUAAGAUCCUGGGCGAGUGGUGGUAUGCCCUGGGGCCCAAGGAGAAGCAGAAGUACCACGACCUGGCUUUCCAGGUGAAAGAGGCCCACUUUAAGGCCCACCCAGACUGGAAGUGGUGCAACAAGGACCGGAAGAAGUCCAGCUCAGAGGCCAAGCCUGCAAGCCUGGGGCUGGCAGGAGGGCACAAGGAGCCGAGGGAGCGGAGCAUGUCGGAGACAGGCACCGCCGCUGCCCCCGGAGUGUCCUCGGAGCUCCUGUCUGUCACAGCCCAGACGCUCUUGAGCUCAGACACCAAGGCUCCGGGGAGUGGCUCCUGUGGGGCUGAACGUCUGCACACAGUCGGCGGACCUGGCUCGGCCCGGCCCCGAGCCUUCUCCCACAGCGGGGUCCACAGCCUGGAUGGCGGGGAAGUAGACAGCCAGGCACUUCAGGAACUGACUCAGAUGGUGUCUGGCCCUGCAUCCUAUUCUGGCCCCAAACCUUCCACCCAGUAUGGGACCCCAGGCCCCUUUGCAGCCCCCGGUGAGGGAGGCACUCUGGCGGCCAGUGGGCGGCCCCCACUGCUGCCCCCCCGGGCCUCCCGUGCCCAGCGUGCAGCCAGCGAGGACAUGACCAGUGAUGAGGAACGCAUGGUCAUCUGUGAGGAGGAAGGGGAUGAUGAUGUCAUUGCUGACGAUGGCUUCAGCACCACUGACAUUGACCUCAAGUGCAAGGAGCGGGUGACCGACAGUGAGAGUGGAGACAGCUCUGGGGAGGACCCAGAGGGCAGCAAGGGUUUUGGCCGGAAGGUGUUCUCACCUGUGAUCCGUUCCUCCUUUACUCACUGCCGACCAUCGCUAGACCCUGAGCCCCCAGGGCCCCCAGAUCCACCUGCAGGCUUUGGCAAAGGCUACGGGCCCACCCCAUCCUCCUCCUCCUCCUCGCCUGCCUCCUCCUCAGCCUCCGCAGCCACCUCCUUCCCACUGGGCUCAGGGACCUUCAAGGCCCAGGAGUCAGGUCAGGGCAGCACAACAGGCCCCCUACGGCCCCCACCCCCUGGAACUGGGGGCCCAGCAACACCUUCUAAGGCCACCCGGUUUCUCCCCACGGAUCCUGCCACCUUCCGGCGCAAGAGACCUGAAAGCGUGGGGGGCCUGGAGCCACCAGGCCCCUCAGUCAUUGCGGCACCUCCCAGCGGGGGAGGAAGUGUCCUGCAGACACUGGUCUCGCCCUCAAACAAAGAGGAACGGGAGGGCAGCGGCGCUCGCGUGCCCUCGGCCCCAGCCCCAUCGCUGGCCUAUGGGGCCCCAGCAGCCCCCCUGUCCCGCCCGGCCGCCACCAUGGUCACCAGUGUGGUGCGGCCUGUCAGCAGCACUCCUGUGCCCAUCGCCUCUAAGCCUUUUCCCACUUCUGGCCGGGCAGAAGCGUCUCCAAGUGACACAGCUUGUGUCAGGACUGAGGCAGUCACUGGGUCCCGGGCACCUGGGGGCUCCCCGCUGGGUGUCAGCUUAGUGUAUUCGGACAAGAAGUCGGGAGCAGCCACGUCAGCAGCCCCGCAUCUGGUGGCUGGGCCCCUGCUAGGCACUGUGGGGAAGGCGCCUGCCACCGUCACCAACCUGCUGGUGGGCACCCCAGGCUAUGGGCCCCCAGCACCCCCUGCUGUCCAGUUCAUUGCUCAGGGGGGCCCUGGCAGUGGGGCGGCUGCGGGCUCAGGAGCAGGUGCUGGGAGUGGCCCAAAUGGGCCAAUGCCCCUGGGCAUCCUGCAGCCCGGUCCCCUGGGCAAGGCUGGGGGAAUCACCCAGGUGCAGUACAUUCUGCCCACGCUGCCCCAGCAACUUCAAGUGGCGCCUGCCCCAGCACCAGCCCCUGGGACCAAGGCAGCGGCUCCUGGCGGCCCUGCACCCACCACCAGCAUCCGCUUCACCCUCCCGCCCGGCACCUCCACCAACGGCAAAGUCCUGGCUGCCACCGCACCCACUCCUGGCAUCCCCAUCCUGCAGUCCGUACCCUCCGCCCCACCCCCCAAAGCCCAGUCAGUUUCUCCUGUGCAGGCCCCACCCCCGGGUGGCUCAGCCCAGCUGCUACCUGGGAAGGUACUGGUGCCCUUGGCCACCCCUAGCAUGUCCGUGCGGGGAGGAGGGGCCGGCCAGCCACUGCCCCUGGUGAGCCCACCCUUCUCAGUACCUGUGCAGAACGGUGCUCAGCCACCCAGCAAGGUCAUCCAGCUGACGCCGGUGCCUGUGAGUGCGCCCAGCGGCCUGGUGCCGCCCCCGAGCCCGGCCCCGCUCCCCGGCCCCACCUCACAGCCUCAGAAGGUCCUGCUGCCCUCCUCCACCAGGAUCACCUACGUGCAGUCAGCGGGAGGACAUGCGCUGCCCCUGGGCACCAGUCCUGCGUCCAGUCAGCCUGGGACAGUGACGUCGUAUGGACCCACGAGCUCAGUAGCCCUAGGCUUCACCUCGCUGGGGCCCAGCGGCCCCGCCUUUGUGCAGCCCCUGCUUUCAGGCCAAGCCCCACUGCUGGCUCCUGGCCAGGUGGGCGUGUCGCCCGUGCCCAGUCCCCAGCUGCCUCCCACCUGUGCAGCCCCCACUGGUCCUGUCAUCACAGCGUUUUACCCUGGGAGCCCUGUACCCACUUCCUCAGCACCCCUGGCCCAGCCAUCCCAGGCUCCCCCAGGCCUGGUCUACACUGUGGCCACCAGCGCCACCCAACCUGCUGCCACCAUCCUGCCCAAGGGCCCACCGGCCCCUGCUACGGCCACCCCAGCCCCUACCAGCCCUUUCCCUAGUGCCACAGCAGGCUCCAUGACUUACAGUUUAGUGGCCCCCAAGGCCCAGCGGCCCACACCCAAGGCCCCCCAGAAAGUGAAGGCGGCCAUCGCCAGCAUUCCCGUGGGCUCCUUUGAGGCAAGUGCCCCUGGGCGGCCAGGCCCUGCACCCCGGCAGCCGUUGGAGCCUGGCCCGGCCCGUGAGCCCCCUGCAUCUGAGUCAGAGCUUGAGGGGCGGCCGACGACACCAGCCCCUCUGUUGCCCCCGGAGACUUGGGCUCCCCCGGCCCGGAGCAGUCCCCCGCCGCCCCCGCCUGCUGAGGAGCGGACCAGUGCCAAGGGCCCUGAGACCAUGGCCAGCAAAUUCCCCAGCUCAUCUUCAGACUGGCGCGUCCCCGGGAUGGGCCUGGAAAGCCGAGGGGAGCCUCCCACCCCUCCCAGCCCAGCCCCGGCUCCAGCCCCAGCCCCUGGCAGCGGCGGCGGCGGCAGUGAGGGCAGCAGUGGGAGGGCAGCCGGGGACACCCCUGAGCGCAAGGAGGCGGCUAGUGCCGGCAAGAAGGUGAAGGUGCGGCCCCCGCCCCUGAAGAAGACCUUUGACUCUGUGGACAACAGGGUCCUGUCGGAGGUGGACUUCGAAGAGCGCUUUGCUGAGCUGCCUGAGUUUCGGCCUGAGGAGGUGUUGCCCUCGCCUACCCUGCAGUCUCUGGCCACCUCACCCCGGGCCAUCCUGGGCUCCUACCGCAAGAAGAGGAAGAACUCCACUGACCUGGACUCAGCCCCCGAGGACCCCACCUCGCCCAAGCGCAAGAUGAGGAGACGCUCCAGUUGCAGCUCGGAGCCCAACACCCCCAAGAGUGCCAAGUGCGAGGGCGACAUCUUCACCUUUGACCGUACAGGUGCAGAAGCGGAGGACGUGCUUGGGGAGCUGGAGUACGAGAAGGUGCCGUACUCGUCGCUGCGGCGCACCCUGGACCAGCGCCGGGCCCUGGUCAUGCAGCUCUUCCAGGACCAUGGCUUCUUCCCAUCAGCCCAGGCCACGGCAGCCUUCCAGGCCCGCUACGCAGACAUCUUCCCCUCUAAGGUCUGUCUGCAGCUGAAGAUCCGUGAGGUGCGCCAGAAGAUCAUGCAGGCGGCCACUCCCACAGAGCAGCCCCCGGGAGCUGAGGCCCCACUCCCUGGACCGCCCCCCACUGGCACUGCUGCUGCCCCUGUCCCCACUCCCAGCCCUGCUGGGGGCCCUGAUCCCACCUCACCUGGCUCGGACUCUGGCACGGCUCCGGCUGCCCCGCCGCUGCCUCCGCCCCCAGAGCCGGGGCCCGGACAGCCUGGCUGGGAGGGGCCCCCCCAGCCCUCACCGCCUCCCUCAGGUCCCUCCACAGCUGCCACAGGCAGGUGAGGGGCUCCUGAGAAGACCCCAGACCCACCGUACCCCCCGUCGGGACAUGGACAGUAUGUAGGUGGCAGGAAUGGCGGGGCAGGAUGGUUACCUCCUCCCCAAUAUAAAGCCAUUUCGUCCUUUCCGGCUUGGGGCGGAAUGAGGCCUGCUCCUCUUGUCUAUCCCCCCUCUCCCCACAGCUCCCUCCCUGUGACGGGGGGCAGCUGAGGGGAAGCAGGGGGCACAGUCUCCCUCCACCGAGCCCUUGUACACAACCUGGAGCGUGUUACCUUCAGACCUUUUCACUUGUACUUUAUGCAAAAUGGCUCGUGUGAGGGCUGCAAGCUGGAGGGUAGUGUGGGCCUUGGGCCACAGGGAGGUGCCUGUGGAGUAGGGGGAGUUCAUGUACCCCUUUUUUCCCCAGAGGGGCUGGACUCAGGUUAGUUUGGGGGUGGGGGCUCCUGCACUUUGCCACAGGCAUGGGGAGGGUUCUCUCCCCACCCCCUCUGCCCUCCCAACUUGGGUUGUACUUUCUAAGAAGGUGAUUCCCCCCCACCCUUGUCCCCAUUCCCUGAACAAAACAUGUUGAUCAUGUGCAAUAUUUCUUACUGUGCUGAGAAGCCGCAAUGACCGAGAUUAAAGCUGUUU